AGGAAGUCGGGGCUGCACCCUAGAGGUCCGGGUGCUGCCAGCGCAGCCUGCGCCUAGCUGCCCGCCCGUGGGAUGGGGUUGCUGCACUCGCUGCACGCUCCCGCUGCUGCCCUGCUGUGGAGCUGCCUGCUCGGACUGUCAGCUGCUCAGGAAGCCAUCCUUCAUGCAUCUGCAAAUGGCGUAUCUUCACUUUCCAAGGACUACUGCAUGUAUUAUAACAACAACUGGACACGGCUUCCAAGUUCCCUAGAAAAUGCAACUUCUCUUAGCUUGAUGAAUCUGACUGGCACACCACUGUGCCACCUUUCUGAUAUUCCUCCUGAUGGCAUAAAGAACAAGGCAGUGGUGGUACACUGGGGACCCUGCCAUUUUCUUGAAAAAGCCAAAAUUGCACAGGAAGGUGGUGCUGCAGCGUUGCUGAUUGCCAACAACAGUGUCCUAAUUCCUUCCUCAAGGAACAAAUCUGCAUUUCAAAAUGUGACUAUACUAAUUGCAGUUAUAACCCAAAAAGACUUUAAUGAUAUGAAAGAGACUCUUGGAGAUGACAUUACCGUGAAAAUGUAUUCUCCAUCCUGGCCUAACUUUGACUAUACUCUGGUGGUCAUUUUUGUAAUUGCUGUGUUCACUGUGGCAUUAGGAGGAUACUGGAGUGGACUUAUUGAAUUGGAAAGCAUGAAGGCAGUGGAAGAUGCUGAAGAUAGAGAGGCAAGGAAAAAGAAGGAAGACUACUUAACAUUCAGUCCUCUCACCGUUGUCCUGUUCGUGGUCAUCUGCUGUGUAAUGAUUGUCUUACUGUAUUUCUUCUACAAGUGGCUUGUUUAUGUUAUGAUAGCAAUUUUCUGCAUAGCAUCAGCAACGAGCUUGUAUAACUGUCUCGCUGCAUUGAUUCAUCGGAUGCCAUGUGGACAGUGCACGAUUUUGUGUUGUGGCAAAAACAUUAAAGUGAGCCUGAUUUUCCUUUCUGGACUGUGCAUCUCAGUUGCUGUUGUGUGGGCUGUGUUUCGAAAUGAGGACAGGUGGGCUUGGAUUUUACAGGAUAUCUUAGGAAUUGCUUUCUGUCUCAACUUAAUUAAAACAAUGAAGUUACCCAAUUUCAUGUCAUGUGUGAUACUGCUAGGUCUUCUCCUCAUCUACGACGUGUUCUUUGUCUUCAUAACACCAUUCAUCACAAAGAAUGGAGAGAGCAUCAUGGUGGAACUUGCUGCUGGGCCUUUCGAGAAUGCUGAAAAGAAUGAUGGAAACUUUGUGGAAGCCACUGCUCUGCACUCAGCUCCCCAUGAGAAAUUGCCAGUAGUUAUCAGGGUGCCAAAGCUCAUGGAUUACUCAGUCAUGAGUGUGUGCUCAGUGCCCGUUUCAGUGCUGGGGUUCGGAGAUAUCAUUGUUCCAGGUCUGUUGAUUGCAUAUUGUAGAAGAUUUGAUGUUCAGACUGGUUCUUCUAUAUACUAUAUAUCAUCUACAAUUGCCUAUGCUGUUGGCAUGAUAAUUACCUUUGUGGUCCUAAUGGUGAUGAAGACAGGACAGCCUGCUCUCCUCUAUUUAGUACCUUGUACACUUAUUACUGCCUCAAUCGUUGCUUGGAGUCGUAAGGAAAUGAAAAAGUUCUGGAAAGGUAGCAGCUACCAGGUGAUGGACUACCUGGACUAUUCAACAAAUGAAGAAAACCCAGCAGCUACUGACGAGCAGAUUGUACAACAGUAAUACGUGGACUUAUAAUGAUGUGUUUUUGAUUUUCUACAAAUAGAUUUUGGCCUUUUUUGUCUUUUUUUCUUUUUCUUUUUUGUUCUUGGAGACAAGAGUCAGGACUGGAGUUCAAUCCCCUGCCUUUGCCUCCCAAAGGUUUGGGACUAUAGCUGGGUAACACCACACCCAGCAAGAUUUGAGUCAAAGUUUGGAUUGAAAACUGGGAACAUUUACAGCGAUGUUUGCAAACCCAUAUGUUUUUAUGAGCUGGUGAAAUCCCAUGCUACAUAGUGAAAAUGCAUUUUCUUUUAAUUAUGUUAAAGUUGUGCCUUCACAAUCAGUUAAAAACAUAGGGUUUAUGUAGUUUCCAAAAUGUAUUAUAUACAUUAUAUUUUUCUAAAAAAGAAAAAAAAAAAAGCUACCCUGACCUUCCUUUGUACUUUUCUUACUGAAAUAUUUCUCCAAAUUCUAAGGAUAGAUCAUGUAUAAUUGUCAUAGCAAGUUUCUGUUUUUGUUAAAAAUUUAUGCAAUUUUUUUUUUUUUGGUUCUUUUUUUUCGGAGCUGGGGACCGAACCCAGGGCCUUGCACUUCCUAGGCAAGCACUCUACCACUGAGCUAAAUCCCCAACCCCGAUUUAUGCAAUUCUUAACCCCUCUACAGAAAUAAAUACUUAAGACUGCAAGAAGGCAGUUCAGCAGUGAAUGUUAGUCUAAGUUUUUAAAAAUUUGUAACUCCCUUUUAAACCUGAGGACCUAAAUUAUUUCAUCUGCAUACACAUAUCGUUAGACUAAUUUUUAGAUAGGAGGACACAAAAGCUGAACCUAGUUUCUGCCGGUACAUGGUUUAUCUGAAGAUACUCAUUAAACUUCUGCAUUUACUUUUAAGUUUUAUUUUUUUCUGAUCUUUGAUCUUUGAUUCCAUUGAUUGGGUAAGAUUUCUUCUUUUGAAUGUUUUUCUUAUGUGACCAGACAUAAUGUAUUAUUUGCCGUGCCAUCCUGACAAUCCCCACAUCACCACUGACUCCUGAGUUCCAGCACAUUUGUAUAAGUGAGUGCUGCCAAAAGCAAACAUACUUUUUUCAUCCCUUGUCUCACCUCCAAGAUGAGUGGUCAGAGCAGUUAGCUUACAACCUGGAAAAAAAAAAUUUCCUUCUGGUUCUUUGCAAAAUCUCAGGUGUUUUUCUAGAAAUUAGAGGUGAAAAUUAUUUUUCAGUUUUUUUUUUAAUUUCUCUAAAGAAAGUACCAGGUGACAAGUUAUUGCAGAAGUUCAGGAUUUUGUAUUUCUGUAUAAAUCCUGCUGCACAGGAGAUGUGAGCAAGUCCAGCCUUCCAUGUUAAGGCUGAUUCAGCUUUUCAAAGUAAAAGGUGUAUUGAAAAUGGGUUAGACCUUUGAGAUUUGAACUAAAGUUCACAUUAAAUGCUUCUUGUUUAAUUGUUAACUUUUACUGAGUAAAUGACAAAUAAGAGGGACUGCCAGCCCCUUCAUUCUUCUAGGUAUAGGUGUGGGGUCUUUUGUUUACAGAAAAGAGCUGUCUGGAGGAGAUAAGUGCCAUUUACACUUCUAACUGUGCUUUCACUUAAAAUGUCAGUAAAUACCUGCCAAACACAGCUGUUAGGAAAACAUCCGCAUUCUCUUCAAGUCGAUGUUCAAAAGCACCAGUUACAAUUUUACAAAGAACGCUAAUGAAAAUUAUUCUUUCUAAAGCCACAUUGAAAUAAAACAAUUUCUCAAAAUAAUUUGGUUUUAUUAAUCUGUAGCUAAUUCUUAAUUAUCUAAUCUAAACUUCUGCUCCAGGAAAACAUGAGCACAUCUGCAAAUCUGAAUUCUGACUUAUUUGAAACAUUUUCUAUUUUACCCAACCAUCAUAUUGUUGUAAUUAAAGUCUUAUAUGUGGGCUGGAGUGUAGCUCAGUGUUUGAGUACUUGCCUGCCAUCUUCAAAGUGCCUUCCCGAGCACUGCCAUUGAAACAACUUACUAAGUAGCUAUAAAUAACAGAAAGAAUUUCCUAGAGUUCUACUCUCUACCCUCACUGCCAAUUUCAUGUGUACUUAAACAGCCCUCCUAGCAACACAGUUGAAAAGAUCUUCAUAGAGAAAAUAUAAUACAGAAAUACUUUGUCUUGGAAAUCAAAAUGAAUAGAUACCAGAGUUGAAAAUUUGGCUCUGAAAAUGUGUUAUCUCUUCCUUUCUUGUUAACCUAACACCAAUAACUUUUAAGAGGUAGAGAAGAUGGAAUUUUUCCCCCUUGAACAUGCUUUUAAAACAAAGUAUAUUGUAUUUAUUAGUACUUAUUGCAAAAUAAAAUACUUUCUAGAAAGUUCCACACUUGUGGCUUAUCGAAUAGAAAUCACUGAUCUGUUUGUUUGUCUGUUUGGUUUUAAGACAGGGUCUCUCCGUGUAGCCCUGGCUGUCCUGGAACUCACUCUAUAGACCAGGCUGUCCUCCAACUCAGAGAUCCACCUGCCUCUGUGCCGGGAUUAAAGGUGUGUGCCACCGACGCCUGGCGAAAUCAUUAAUCAUAAAUGCAUUUUUAUUUUCUUCUAGCUUGUAGCUACCUUUGAUUCACGAUUAUACUUUAUACUAGAGUGUGAUUUAAUGCCCUUUUGAAGGAAAUACUUUUCUCCCAUAUGCUUCUGGCAUUCACGUAUUUUAUUUACAUGUGCUUACAAGUUUGAGUAGAGUGGCAUGUUUGUAAUAACUAUCAGUGAGCUUUCUAAAUUCCUUUGCUCUUUUAAUGUCUACAUUUCUAAAACUAUUUUCCUCAAGUUCUACUCCAGGCAGAGGUAGGCUUUCCUUUACAUUGGGUGAGAAUACAUCUAGUCUAUUCAACGGAUUCUCUAGAACUCCCUUUGAUUCCUGUCAGUGACCCUUCAGAGAUGGCAGGUGUACUCCUGAUGGGAAGAGUACACUAGUUAAAGAAGCUUUUGUAGUUUUCUAUAAAUGAGAAAGGUAGGUUGGAUCAACUCAAGGUUGUAGUGAAUGAUCAGUUCACCACAUAGUAGGUUUGACUAGACAGUAAAAAUACUAUAAACAGCUUUCCUAUUCCUUUAAAAUAUACAUUAAAAAAUGCCUAGUGUACAUCUGGUUUGUCUGCAACUUCCCCAUAGGACAGUGAGUGUAAAUUCAGUAGCUUUUGUCCACUUUUCUCCCUUCUACAUUGUAUUCAAAUUAGUACCUUUUUAAGAAUGCAUAAUUGUAUUGUAUUACUUCUUAGAUGAUUGGUUUGAAUAUGAGAUUCUUUUUCUAACACUUUUCUAGGUAAGUUAGUAUAAAUUAAUAUUUUUAUAACACUAUUAGAAUUUUUAUGGAACAUGAUUUAAAACUUAAAUUUUUGGAGUGUUAAUUUAGCAGUAAGUUAAGAUCUUUUUAUCAUGUGCCAAUUCUGACAAGAAAAACAACAACAAAAAGACCUUCCAGUGUAUUAAAUUUACUGCUGUGUUCAAUAAAUUCUAUUUUAAAAUAAAAA